UUGAACUUACAGCAAUGCACUAUUAGUUCGUGGUCAUUCUCAUCAGUGACGUUCGUACUCGAUAUCAAUACUCUGCCAACGGUGAUCGGAGUGGUUGUAUUCGGUUAUACAUCACACAUCUUUUUACCGAGCCUAGAAGGAAACAUGAAGGAUCCCAAGGAGUUCAAGUGGAUGUUGAAAUGGUCGCACAUCGCCGCGGCUUUAUUCAAGGCAAUUUUCGGAUUGUGCGGAUUUCUGACAUUUGGCGAACUUACUCAGCCGGAAAUCUCAAACUCGCUACCUAAUCAAGGUUUCAAGGUAAUUGUCAAUUUGGUGCUUGUCAUCAAGGCUCUCCUCUCAUAUCCACUGCCAUUCUAUGCCGCUGUACAGUUGCUUAAGGACAAUCUAUUCCGAGGAAUUAAAGACACUUCUUUUACAGGGUGCUACAGUCCAGACGGAUCACUUCGUGACUGGGCGCUCUUCCUACGAAUUCUACUACUUCUCUUCACACUAUUCAUCGCAUUGUCGGUACCGUACCUCAUAGAAUUAAUGGGCCUCAUCGGGAAUAUCACCGGAACUAUGUUAUCGUUUAUCUGGCCAGCACUAUUCCACUUAGGAAUUCGUGGCGAAAAGAUGGUGAACCGUGACCGUCGAUUUGAUCAGAUGAUUGUCGCACUUGGCUGUUCAAUCUGCAUCACUGGCAUCUACUUCUCUUUCAUAGAACUUCUUAGGGCAAUAAAAGCAAAUGACCAGUAG